ACAGAUUGAGUGGGAAGCUCCGCAGCGGCGGACUCCAGCCUCCCGCCAAUGAACGGGUAGGAUCUGCCCAGGACAGCGCGGCCCCGCCCCCGGACGCUGCGGCCCCGCCCCCGGACACAGUGGUCCGGCGCCGGGGCGGUUUCUCAGCCAGGGCGCGGUCGGAGGAGUGAGGCUUGCUUUGGUGCUCGCGCUUGCGUCCGCGUCUGUUUUAUCGCCUGUUUCCCCGUUUUAUCGCCUGUUUCCCUCCGCCGACCAGCGCGCGGGGCCCGGUUCUCCAUCGCGCGCACAGCAGCCUGACGCAAUGAGGCGGGCAGCACUGCGGCUUUGUGCCUUGGGCAAGGGGCAGCUUACUCCUGGAAGAGGACUGACUCAAGGACCCCAGAACCCCAAGAAACAGGGAAUCUUCCACAUUCAUGAAGUUCGAGAUAAGUUGCGGGAGAUAGUAGGAGCAUCCACAAACUGGAGAGACCAUGUGAAGGCAAUGGAAGAAAGAAAGUUACUUCAUAGUUUCUUGGCCAAAUCACAGGAUGCACUGCCCCCUAGGAGAAUGAAGGACAGUUAUAUUGAAGUUCUCUUGCCUUUGGGCAGUGAGCCUGAAUUACGAGAGAAAUAUUUGACUGUUCAAAACACCGUAAGAUUUGGCAGGAUUCUUGAGGAUCUUGACAGCUUGGGAGUUCUUAUUUGUUACAUGCACAACAAAAUCCAUUCAGCCAAGAUGUCUCCUUUAUCCAUAGUUACGGCCCUGGUGGAUAAGAUUGAUAUGUGUAAGAAGAGCUUGAGCCCAGAACAGGACAUUAAGUUCAGUGGCCAUGUUAGCUGGGUUGGGAAGACAUCCAUGGAAGCGAAGAUGCAAAUGUUCCAGUUACAUGGUGAUGAAUUUUGUCCUGUUUUGGAUGCAACAUUUGUAAUGGUGGCUCGUGAUUCUGAAAAUAAAGGGCCGGCAUUUGUAAAUCCACUCAUCCCUGAAAGCCCAGAGGAAGAGGAGCUCUUUAGACAAGGAGAAUUGAACAAGGGAAGAAGAAUUGCCUUCAGCUCCACAUCGUUACUGAAAAUGGCCCCCAGCGCUGAGGAGAGGACCACCAUCCAUGAGAUGUUUCUCAGCACACUGGAUCCAAAGACUAUAAGUUUUCGAAGUCGAGUUUUGCCCCCUAAUGCAGUGUGGAUGGAGAAUUCAAAACUGAAGAGCUUGGAAAUUUGCCAUCCUCAGGAGCGGAACAUUUUCAAUCGGAUCUUUGGUGGUUUCCUUAUGAGGAAAGCAUAUGAACUUGCAUGGGCUACUGCUUGUAGCUUUGGUGGUUCUCGCCCAUUUGUGGUGGCAGUAGAUGACAUCAUGUUUCAGAAACCUGUUGAGGUUGGCUCCUUGCUCUUUCUUUCUUCGCAGGUAUGCUUUACGCAGAAUAAUUACAUUCAAGUCAGAGUACACAGUGAAGUGGCCUCUCUGCAGGAGAAAACUCAUACAACCACCAAUGUCUUCCAUUUCACGUUCAUGUCAGAAAAAGAAGUGCCAUUGGUUUUCCCCAAAACGUAUGGAGAGUCCAUGUUGUACUUAGAUGGGCAGCGGCAUUUCAGCUCCAUGAGUGGCCCAGCGACCUUGAGAAAGGACUACUUUUUGGAGCCCAAGGAAAGCCACACUUGUUGAAAUUGGCACUCUACCCACAGUGACAUGAUAUCUGAUGAAGACCCGAUCAUAUGCAUUGGUUUUAGUGUUGCUUUUCAUCCUCCAUACAGGAGGAGAAUGGAUUCAGCCUUUAGGAUGAUCAGAACAGAAAGAGAGAGUGGCUGGAUGGGUCUGAGGGGAGAAAGAAUUAUUAAACAGUAAAUACUU